AUGUGCAAUGGGAAAUUCUUUAGCAAGGAACCUGAUGAAGCACUAUCAUUUUUUGAUUAUCUUGCCAAGAGUGCACAACAGUGGAACACUCGUACUGAUCGAGUGCCGUUAAUAGCACAGCCACUAAGGGCUAUUUCUGGAAGGGGCAAAUAUGAGUUGAAAAAGGACACUAAUGUUCAAGCUCAAAUAGCUGCAUUAACUAGAAGACUGGAGACUCAAGCCACCACAAACAAUUACAACAUUCAGGCCAUAAAUGAGUUGCGUGUCUCUACUAUUCACCAAACGCCUAUCAUCCUUGGACGCCCAUUCUUUGCUGCUUUGAAUGCACUUAUCAAUUGUCGAAGUGGAGUACUGAAGCUCACUUUCGGGAAUAUGAUAUUGGAGAUGAAUGUGUUCAACGCUUGCAAGAUGCCUAGUGGAUGUGAUGAUUCAGAUGUGCAUGUUGUUGAUAUGGUUUAUGAUUUUGAUGUUUUGGAGUUGUUAUCAGUAUUUGAUUCCAACAGUGCAUAUGAGGAUGGCUUUGCUAAGCAGUCUGAGGCUCUUGUUGAGACAAUUCCUACAUCAUUAGAGUUGACAUAA